AGAGCCAAGGCCAAUCCUAGCCAUGCUCGCCGCCGCGGGCUCCCUGGUCGCCACGAUCUGGGCAGUGCUCCAUCCCAGGACUCUGCUGCUGGCUGGAUUCACCUUCCUGCUCCUGGCUGGAUACUUCAAGAAUCGGCGCCCCAAGAACUGCCCGCCCGGGCCAUGGGGUCUGCCCUUCGUGGGCAACAUAUUCCAGUUGGACUUUGAGCAGCCCCACCUCUCAAUUCAGCUGCUUGUGAAGAAAUAUGGGAACAUUUUUAGCCUGAAUCUUGGUUACUUAACUUCAGUGGUCAUAACUGGACUGCCUUUAAUCAAAGAAGUCUUUACUCACAUGGAACAAAACAUUAUGAACCGCCCUGUCACUUUGGUACAAGAACGUAUCUCCAAUAAAAAUGGGUUGAUCUUCUCCAGUGGCCAGACAUGGAAGGAGCAAAGAAGGUUCGCCCUGAUGACGCUGAGGAACUUUGGGUUGGGGAAGAAGAGCUUAGAGCAGCGCAUACGGGAGGAAGCCCACCACCUUGUGGAGGCCAUCGCAGAGGAGGGAGGUCAACCUUUUGACCCUCACUUCAGUAUCAACAAUGCAGCUUCCAAUAUCAUUUGCUCCGUCACCUUCGGGGAGCGCUUUGAGUACCAUGACAGCCGGUUUCAGGAGAUGUUGAGGCUACUGGACGAGGCCAUGUGUUUGCAGAUAAGAAUUAUGUGCCAGCUCUAUAAUGUUUUUCCAUGGAUAAUGAAAUAUGUUCCUGGGUCACAUCAAACAGUUUUCAGAAACUGGGAAAAACUGAAAUUGUUUGUUUCUUGUAUGAUCGAAGAUCACCGAAGAGAUUGGAACCCUGAUGAGCCCAGAGACUUCAUUGAUGCUUUCCUCAAUGAAAUGACAAAGUACCCAGACAAGACUACAAGUUUCAAUGAGGAAAACCUCGUCUGCAGCACUCUGGACCUCUUCUUUGCUGGCACAGAGACAACAUCUCACACACUGCGCUGGGCUCUGCUCUACAUGGCCCUCUACCCAGAAGUGCAAGAAAAAGUGCAGGCUGAGAUUGACAGAGUGAUUGGUAAGAAGAGGCCAGCAAGCUUGGCUGACCGAGAGUCUAUGCCUUACACCAAUGCUGUCAUCCAUGAGGUGCAGAGGAUGGGCAACAUUGUCCCCUUGAAUGUUCCCAGGGAAGUGGCAGUGGAUACCAAUUUGGGUGGUUUCCACCUGACAAAGGGCACCAUGGUUCUAACCAACCUAACUGCACUACACAGGGACCCCAAAGAGUGGGCCACCCCAGACACCUUCAAUCCCGAGCACUUUUUGGAGAAUGGACAGUUUAAGAAGAGAGACUCCUUUCUGCCGUUCUCAAUGGGAAAGAGAGCUUGCCUGGGAGAACAACUGGCCAGGUCUGAGCUGUUCAUUUUCUUCACUGCUCUUAUGCAAAAAUUUACCUUCAAGCCCCCAAUCAAUGAGAAGCUGAGCACAAAGUUCAGAAAUGGCCUCACGCUCUCCCCAGUCAGCCAUCGCAUCUGUGCGGUCUCUAGACAGUGAUGCUGGAGAAGGAAAGAGAAAAGAGAACUGGAAGAUAUGGUGUAUUUGCUGAAAGCUUCUGAUCCUUGUUCUCGGGAGAGAAGAUGUCAUAAAUGAAGAUGACUCAAGAGAUAUUGAAGAAAUUGGGCUAUGAAAGUUGAAUCAAAUUUCUGGAAUGCUGGCCCCUUAGUUUGUUGACGGUCAAAUCAAUAGCAUACAUUGUUAUCUAAAAUUU